AUGUCCGAAAAACACGUGAGCAGUAGACGCUGUCUGCAAAGCCGGCGCUCUCGAAUCGUCUUGGCCGUCGUUGUUUUUAUUGCUAUUCUGGCUGUUGUGAUUCCUCCGGCGGUUGUGGUGACGCUGCACAAGAAGAACGACAUGGGGCCUAAAUCCAAGGUCUUUGUGCCUCUCUACGUGUACCCAGCACCCGGAGCCUGGACUCCGCUUGAAGAUGUGAUCUCCAAACACCCAGAGGUGAACUUCACGGUUGUGAUCAAUCCAGGGAGCGGACCUGGACCCAGCGCUUUGCCGGAUGCCAACUACACGCGCGAGAUCCCCAGGCUGGGCGCAUACGAGAAUGUGCGGCUUUUAGGCUAUGUGGCGACGACGUAUGCGAAGCGCAAUAUCUCGCUGGUGCGCAGGGACAUCGAGACCUAUGCGGCGUGGCCAACGAGCAGUUCCAACCCGGAUCUAGCCGUUCGGGGGAUCUUUUUCGACGAGACCCCUCAGCAGUAUGAUGAGGAUGCCUUGGCAUAUCUGCAGGAGUUGACUGAUGUUGUGAAAAAUACGCCUGGUUUGGGGCCUGAUCAUUUCGUUGUCCACAAUCCCGGCGCAAUCCCCGACUCUCGCUACCUGUCGACAGCAGAUUCGACUGUCGUGUUCGAAGCGACGUAUGACACCUUUCAGGAACGGCAUGGGGCCAACCUGUUCACAGCCAUCCCGGAAAGCAAUCGCAGCCAGCUAUGUGCGGUGAUCCACUCGGUGCCGGAGAGCGUCGAAGGGUCUGCGCUCCGGGGGCUGGUCAAGCAGGUUCGCAAGGUUGCAGACGAGAUUUUCAUCACCCACUUGGCCACCGAUUACUACGCUAGUUUUGGGGGGCAGUGGCCUGAAUUUGUGGAGUUGAUGGCGAAAUAG